AAUAACUAUCCCUGAUACAUCUAGUAAGAGAAGAAAUAUGUGAGUUUCAGUAAAGCUACACAUGGAAUUAAAUUGAAGAUUUAAAAUGAGGAAAAUCAUUUUAAUACUAUCUCUUCUGACAGCUCUUUCUGAAGCUGCAGUAACGACAACAUGGUCCGCUUGGGGAUCAUGUGGAAGAAUUUCUGGAAGUUUAGAUCAAACCUGCAGAGGAACACAGACACGAACAGGAAAAAGAGAGGAAACUAUAGAUAAACAGACAACUAUAACAACCCUGUCAGACACAAGAGGCUGUUAUCUUACAUCUGAUAUAGUUAAUGGCGGCUACACAACAUGGAGUGAAUGGGAUGAUUGCUCACAACAAUGUGACCAAACAACAACUAGACGUAGAACAUGUCAUAACCCAACACCAUGCAAUGGCGGGGAAGAUUGUAGUCAGUUUGGAAGAGAUGAACUUACAAAAGAUUGCGGGCCUGUGGCAGGACAAUGGGGUGAAUGGGGAGCAUGGGGAUCGUGUACAAUGCAUUCUGAUUCUGCCACUUACGGAACUGAUUCUGCCACUUACGGAACUGGUACCUAUUCUCAUACAAGAAGAUGUGAUAAUCCAGUAAAUAUUUGUGGUGGCGAUUUUUGCAUAGGAGUAAAUAAGACUGACGGAAAUUGCAGAGUUGUACCUCCAUGUCUAACAUACCAAAUGUUUAGCGACAAAUUUCUAAAAAUAGAAAAUGCUAUGUCCAUUUAUACCUCAGCACAAGUGGAUAUAUACCUUCUCACGAAAAACAAGUGUACCACAGCAACUAUUAUUUAUACUUAUUUUGAGCUAUACAAGGUAACAAACAUUACUGCUAAUACAGAAGAACAGGUUGGAGAAAGAGAGUCAGGCGUUAAGUUCAAGUUUAACCCAGGAGAACAUGAAAUAGGAUACUAUCGUUUGUAUGCUAAAAUAGGAUAUCCUUCUAGUAUGGAUCACUGGAUGGAAGAAUCAAUGUAUGUGAAAAUAGAGCAGCCACCACCUCAUGCAUUUAUAAAAGGUGGAGCCGGCAGGACUAUUGGUGAAGGACUCGCAGAAUUUGACGCUCGUUCUGUGUCGUAUAGUUUAACUAAAGGCCCCGGUGAUCCUUCUGGAUUAUUGUUUACCUGGAAAUGUCUCAAUUUUGUAACACAUGAUAUUUAUAAUCUACUGCAGUUUAAUAUUGACUCACUAUUAGCGUUUAAAGAUACAGGUGACUAUAAAAAGAAAUGGUACGAAACUAAUUUUGUUCCGUAUAUAGAAAACAAAGUCGCAUUCAUCGAUGGAUCUACACUUGACCCCGUUGUAAAAAGCCUAAAGAAUUCUAAUUCUCGUUGUAUGUAUGGAAGUGAGUUUUACGUCAAAGUUGAACCUAAUAAAUAUCCACCGGCGAAAAAAAAGGGGAAAGGCAAUCAAAAAGAAACAGACUCCACUUCUCCAGAAACAACUGCACUGAACACAACUGCACAUGCCAUCACUACUCCGAACUCAACUGCACCGGACAUCACAACACCGGACACAACUGCACUGGAGACAACAACACCGGACACAACUACACCACUUCCUCCUUAUAAAUGGAUACCUUUGACAAGAUUUUUUGAUAUUGACUUCAUGUAUGAAAUGGAGUCAAAACCUAAAUCUGAAUUGAAAGACACACAGUAUGUCCUGCCUUUUCCCGGAAAUAACACGCUCGUUUUAAACGAAAUGCUAGAAUUUCUGAAUGAUUUAUAUGGUGCAGAGUAUGAAGAUUUUCUGCAGGAUACAGACGACUUUUUUGAAAGGUUAUCAGAUAGCUCAUUGACUCUCGAUAGUUUGUAUAAACUAAACGAUCUUACCGGGUUGCCUGCAAGUGCGAAUGAUACAUUUUUUUAUGAUUUACUUGAAUGGCUGCAAAAUGCAAAUGUAUCGAAAGAAUUUGCAUUUGAACUGCGGGAUUUGUUAAAUAGCUUUGAAUCUGUCCAGUCUUACGUGAGCAGUGCAAAAGAGUUGGUAGAUUUGAUAGGAAUUGAUGGUUACUUCCAACUCAUUAUUGAUGAAUCGGGAAAAUGUUUGAUGAAUUAUCUGGGAGAUAUCUUUGACGGGUUUACUAAGAUUAACUCAUUUGAUUGGAAUAGAAUGAAAAAUCAAGAAAAGUAUUACUUGAACUGGCUAGAGAUAGAACUUUUCAACUCUAGUGCUUGUAAACUGUUCAACGGAAACGAAGAUGGAAUCGGAAGUCUGACUGUCACCUCUCAAGAUGUCUCAGAGGGAAGGGGAUUUUUAGUGUAUUUAAGGGUAGAAUUUGAGGAGUCUAUUAGCUACUUUAUACAACAUGCGCAAUCAGGUAUAGGAAAUCCACCAAUCCUGGAUAUAGAAUGCCGAUUAAACUGCAUGAAGAAGACUGCUCUGACUUCUAUAAUGUCGUUAAAGGCUACAUGUCCCUUUUGUACGUUUGAACAACAAAAAGGAUUUAAAUUUUGGUGGAAAGUGAAAGAUUUUGAUAUAUUCAGCAGAAAGGCAACAACAAAUGAUAACUGGGAAUCUUGGAUGUUAUCUGAGUUGGAAACCAAUUCAUUUGUUAUGCAAGCCAAUGUUUUGAACGCAAGCGCUGGAUACCUUAUUGAGGCUCAUAUGGAACUUGCAACAGGGGAGACAAGCAUUGGUAUUUGGCUCGUCAGUACAAACAUACUACCGUAUGGAGGGUCUUGUGAGAUUGAAGAUUCAAUAUGGGGAGAAAAGAAAGUAACAACAAAUGGAUGGAACGACGAAGGGUUCCGAACUACAACCGAUAUCAGCUAUGACUGGAAAGAACAGUUGAAUUAUCGAAUAGUGCAGACAAAUUCCAAAGGAAAAGAGACUAUGCUGUAUUAUGGUUCAGAGGAAGAGAAUUACAUCAAAGUAAAGCCUGGUAUUGAGACAGAUAAUUAUCAUGUUACAAUAAAGAUACAGAUCUAUGAUAUAUUUAUCGAUUAUACAGAAUGUACCAAAGAAAUCGGACAGAUUUUACCCACUUAUACCACGUCAGACCAAAGUAGUGUAUUGUCGUUCUUACAUUCCUCGUCUGGAAGCUUAGAGUAUUACUGGAAAACUGGGAAUGUAAAACAAGUGGCCAUGAAUGCAGAGGUAGCCGGAACACCUGUCGCGGAUUUGAAUAUAACAACAACACUAUUUGAGACUGACCCUGCACAAUGGGUGAAUAUUGGUGUAGAAAUACUGCCUGAUGGUACAAAUAUCACAAAAACAUUUGAUGAACUGUGGAAUAUGUAUGAACAUCCUGAUUACGGAGAUGUCAACUCACAAAGGGAUAUUAUACAGCAAUUGACAAGCUUUUCCACGAUACUGGCUGAAACAUCUAAUGCAGUUGAUGGAACAUCCACUGUUAAUUUAGACCAGGUUGCUAAUAGUAUUGGUACAACUAUUGGAAACAAGCUAUUCACAUCAAAUUCCUCAGCUUCAAAGGCAUUUAAUGGAAAUAAAGGUCUUUUGGAAAAGCUUAAAACAUUGGCAGAUAAUGAAACAUACCCAAAGUAUGAAGACUACAUUUCAACAUGUAAAGGUAUGCUUAGGGUCCUGAACAAUGCUUUGGAAGCCAUAUUACCAAAACAAUCAGUGGAUACACCAACAACAUUGGAUAUAUAUACCAUAAUGACGGAUAUCUCCAGCAGACAAGAGUUAUCGGAACCAAACGACGCUGAUCUGACGCCUGCAGAAAGAGCAUUUAUUGCUUCACAGGUCGCUAUGAAGAAUGAACUGGAUGCAGAUUUUAAAAAUGAUAUUGUUAAAAACCAGGUUCAGAUACUAUUGGACAGUAUUUCAGAUUUAGGUCACGUGCUCCAGAGGCUGAACUUUCGUAAACAGAUGCCUGUUUACGUUCAAAAUGGACACAUCAAUUCAACAGAAGACAAGAAACUGAUAGCGGAAUUGCUUCAGAAUGGCUUUCAGAACAAUGAAGUGGAUUUAAAUUUUGUCGAAUCUGAUUCCAAGUCUGCAGAUGAGCAAGCUGUUCAGGUAACCUUAUAUGACCACACACCGUUUUCUUGGGACGUUGAGUCCAAAUUCAUAUCAUCUAAGACAGUAACUGUGUCAGUCGGAGAUAGUAAUACCACAAACUCAGCAAUACCAUCUAAAAUCAAACUGCAAAAUACUGAUUUAGUACCAACAAGAAAAACUAUAAAUAUAGCCAUUCCUAUAGACAAAAAUGAAACCACUUCACAGAUGCUAUCGUAUAAAAUGUACUGGAAGACCCCAGCGGACAGUUUGAUAAUCAGUAUAAAUAACGCCAUUGACCACCUGAAUCACACUAUUUACAUUCGGAAGAAAGAAGCUCCAACGGAGGACGAAUAUGACUGGAAGAAAGUUACAAAUUCUAGCGACUGGUUUAGCUCCAACGAAAUAAAAGUAAUACUUGACGGUGGACUAUACACAGCCCCAACAAAUGUGUAUGUUGGAGUCCUUGUUCAAAAAGAAUCAUCGUCCACCCCUACAUUAACCAGACGAAGACGGUCACUGAGUACUUCUAUUGUUGAAUAUGAAAUUAUUGGUGCUACGGUUGGUUGUAGAGUAUGGGAUACUGUAAAGCAGAAAUGGAACAAGACGUCUUGUCAGCUCUCUGCUGCAUCAACCAUCAAUGAAACUGUUUGUGAAUGUACCAGUCCACCGGGAAACAGUUUUGCCACUACGUUCUAUGUGCCCCCAAACACAAUCGAUUUCGGAAGUGUUUUUGAUAAGUUUGAUUUGAAAAACAAUGCAGCGGUGUUUGCAACAGUUGUAUCACUGGUACUGUUGUAUAUUUUGUUGUGUGUAUGGGCAUUCAGACAGGACAAAAAGGAUCAUGAAAGGUGGGCAUUAUCAUACCUGAGUGACAACGGUCCUUACGACGAUUACUUGUACAUUCUGACGGUGUUCACAGGGCUACACAGAAAUGCUGGAACAAAAUCCAGAAUAGGUUUCAUGAUAAUUGAUGGAAAACCAAAGAAAAGCCAUUUUUAUGAACCAGAUGUACGACUACUAGAUGACGAAACACAUCGAGGUUUUGGUGUUGGUAGUAUCCGGAAAUUUGUCAUGAGCGUUUCUAAACCAAUACAUGAUCCAACAGUAAUAAAAAUUUGGCAUGAUAAUAGUGGUCAAGGAAAUUCAGCAUCAUGGUAUCUUAAUAAAAUCAUACUGGAGGAUGUACAAACCAAUGAAAGGUAUACGUUUAUAUGUGAUCAAUGGCUUUCUUUGGACCACGAUGAUGGAUGCGUUGAUUGUGCCAUUCCUGUUUCUGAUAAGAUGGAUAAACACAAAUUCUCAUUUUUAUUUCACGAAAAGACCAGACAAAACACUACAGACAAUCACUUAUGGUUAUCAGUUGCAAUUCGACCAGAAGACAGUAAUUUUACAAGGAUAGAACGAAUGGCUUGUUGUUUGACAUUAUUGUUUCUCACUAUGAUUUCAAACGCAAUGUUUUAUGGACAAAAUACCGGAAGUCAAGUUUCAAUUGGACCAAUCAAAUUAUCACUUUCUGGGAUAUACAUUUCACUUAUAAGUGCAAUGAUUGCGGCACCUCCAAUAUUCUUAGUAUCUUAUAUGUUUAGAAGUUCAAGACAUCGUAACACAAGAGCGAAUAAGCCUUUAUCAAAUACUGACGAAGUCCAGGACAUGACACUUCAACCCACUGACAAGUCCGAUGCGGAAACCCAUUCUAAAGCAGAUGUUAUUGACGACACUCAAUUUUCACUUCCAUUUUGGUGUAGAUAUGUAGCAUGGGGAAUAGUUACAUUAGCCGUCAUUACAUCCGGAUUUUUCCUAAUUCUGUAUAGCAUGGAAUGGGGAAAGACAAAGUCAGAGGAAUGGCUGCUAUGUUUCUUCAUGUCAUUCAUCGAAUCGAUGCUCCUCGUUGAUCCACUUAAAAUUAUACUGCUGUCGCUUGUAUUCUCUUGGAUUGUAAAGACUUAUAAAGAAAAAACUGGAAAAUACGACAGAGAAAAACUUCUUUUGGAGACAAAAAGACGUGCAGCAAGUCCAUUUUCAUAUCUUUUAGAUGCGUACCAAAAGAAGCAAGCUCCAUUGAAACCAAAGAAACUUGCUAAAUUGAAAGAAAAAAGACAGCAGCGACUUCUUAUGCAAGAGAUAUUCAUAGAGCUAGUAUUAUAUAUGAUAUUCCUUGCUGUUUUGUAUUGUGUCAGUUUUAGUAACAGGGAUUCCAGAUGGUAUAACGUCAAAAAUCAUCUCGAACAGCAUCUUGUUACAUCGAAUAAUAUCUCAACAGGCGAUUCAACGUUUAGAUACGAUCAGGUUACAACUGCAUCUAAUCUAUACACAUGGAUCGAUGAGACUCUUAUUCCGUUUCUGUUUCCACGGUACCAUUCUAAUGGAGAUCAACUGAAAGCCAAUAGAAGAUUAUAUGUUCAGGAUCAAGUCAAUUUUCGUGUUGGUCCAAUCAGACUAAGACAACUCAGAGCAGUCCAAGAGCCAUGUAGAACAGAAUUUUGGGGUAAUUUCACCUGUUAUGAUGAAUAUUCUAUUUACGGAGAGGAGGAUGGAAACUAUUGUGUUGCCUGGGAGUCUCGCCCUUGCGUCAGAGGUCAAGCUGUAUAUAAUAUGACAUAUGAUGCCUGGAAUUUUGUGUCGUCUGUUGAUAUUUGGGGACUUCCGGCCGCAGGACUACAUUCUACCUAUGGCGGUGGUGGAUACAUAGCAGAAUUUGUUGUCAACUACAACAUAUCACGUCUAAUUAUCAAUGAUUUGUAUAAAUACACAUGGAUAGAUCGUAAAACGAGAGCCAUAUUUACAGAAUUCACUUUGUACAACGUAGAUGACAAUGUUUUUGUUUUCAUUUCGUUUUUGACCGAGUUUCCGGAAUCAGGUGGGGUCAUAACUAGUACAUUGAUUAAACCGUUUCGGCCUUAUCAACAUGUCGGAAGCCUUGGUAUGUUCAUCUUAAUUUGUGAAAUUAUUGUACUAAUUGGAAUACUUAUAUUUUCUGUUAAUAAAUGUCUUUUGAUUCGUAGAAACGGAAAGAAGUUGUUUAAGGAAUUAUGGAAUGUUCUUGACAUGUUAAUUAUACUUUUGUUCUUUGUUUGUACCGUUAUGUAUAUUGGAAGAUGGAUAAUGAUUAAUAUGGCAAUGAAAGAAUGGGAAAAUAAUAAGAAUAAAUUCGUCAACUUCAGUCAUAUUGCGUCAUGGGAUGAACUGUUCAACAUUUUCUUGGCAUUCAUUAUAUUUUUGACUACAUUCCGAAUCAUGCGAGUUCUCAGCUACAAUGAAAGAAUAAAUCAAUUCGGAAAGAUACUAGGUCACGUGAGCCGUGAUCUUUGUGGAUGUUUUGUAAUGUUUUUGAUCGUGUAUGUAGCGUUUUUUACUUUUGGACAUUUGAUAUUUGGCAGGUAUCUAGAAACAUACAAAAACUUAUUCGUAUCUUCAACGACCUUGGUCAAUGCUAUUAUCGGUAAAAAUAGCAUCAAAGAUCUGUUUACUGUGGAGCCGGUUCUGGGAAGAGCCUAUUACUUCUUCUUUGUUUUGUUUUUGUUGUGGAUUUUAAUGACAAUGAUGAAUGCAACAUUAAAUGUAGGUAUUACAACUGUCAGGAACAAGCCUGUUAGGUCAUCAUUCGGCAUUACAAACAUUGUAGCAGGUUUCUGGAAAGAGGCUGUUGGUCUCAUUAUUGCAUCAAAUAAUACCACAACAAAAGACAAAAUGAAGUUGUCACCAGACUAUAUAUUAAGCAAGGAAGUUCCAAAACAAAUAGAAAUCAUACGACAAGAAGCUACAAAACAAAUCGAAAUGGUAAAACCGAAAGUAGAUUUAACGAAGAAGAAAAUACGUCCAAGACGUAUUUAUCAGUAGAAUUUAUAUUGACCAUGGAAAAAAGUUGAUCUUAAAGUUACUUUUAAACAUAACAAAAUGUGAAAAUAACGUUUGACAUCUGUUUAAAACGGGACUAUAAUUUACACGAAAAAUUGAACAGAUGAUGCAAUUGAUCAUUAAAUUGUACAUUGAAAUCGUUUUCUGCAAUCACUUUUUUUUCUGUGCACCAAUAAACUAGUGCAGAAUUCGUUUCAUAAUCUCGUUUUGUCUGAGAAA